AUGGAUGAUGAAUUUGAUGCUCUUAUUAAAAAUAAGACGUGGGAGUUGGUGCCCCAUCCACCUAAUGUGAAUGUUAUUUGUUCUAUGUGGAUUCUUAUUCAUAAAGAAAAGUCUAAUGGUGAUUUUGAGAGGCAUAAAGCCCGUCUUGUAGGUGAUGGCAAAACUCAACAGGUUGGCAUUGAUUGUGGUGAGACUUUCAGUCCGGUGGUGAAACCGGCAACGAUCCGUACAGUUCUUAGCCUUUCUUUGUCAAAGAAUUGGUCCAUCCAUCAACUAGAUGUCAAGAAUGCUUUUCUUCACGGUGAGCUCAAGGAAACAGUGUAUAUGCAUCAACCUAUGGGUUUCAGGGAUCCCACUCAUCCAGAUUAUGAUGGUAUGUUUCUUUCGCAGCGAAAGUAUGUUGAGGAGAUCAUUGAUCGUGCUGGCAUGUCUUCUUGUAAGGCUACUUCUACUCCGGUUGAUACUAAACCGAAGGUGAGCAGCACUUCGGGUGAUCCGUAUGAUGAUCCGACUCACUAUCGCAGUCUCGCAGGUGCACUUCAAUAUCUUACUUUCACGCGGCCGGAUAUUUCUUAUGCUGUUCAACAGGUUUGCUUACACAUGCAUGCUCCGAGAGACAAUCAUAUGCAUGCUCUUAAGCGCAUUAUCCGGUACAUUCAGGGUACACUUGAUUAUGGUUUGCAUCUCUAUCCAUCUUCAGUUACUAACCCCCUUUCCUACACUGAUGCUGAUUGGGGGGUUGCCCUGACACACGUCGGUCGACGUCUGGUUAUUGUUGCCAUUUAUCUUUUAGGAAAUCCAGUGCAACAUCAGCGCACCAAGCACAUUGAAAUGGACAUCCACUUUGUUCGUGAGAAGGUUGCGUGA